CGUCAACGCGUCGGCGUCGUUCACGCCACAACGCGGCUUGAUGCUCUUCUGUUUUCAUUCUCGCCGAACUUUUAGUGAGUGCGCGCCGUCCGUUCUUCUAUCCCGGUAGGCCAUGGGCUAGCGCGAGCCGAGCUUUGAACAGCUGACGAUCAACCGGCACUGCUGCAUCGGUCAACGCACGCUUGAUUUGCUCGAGGUUUUCCUCUUCUUUUCGGAUGGACACACGUAGACUUGCAUUUGUCCGGUGUCAGGUGGAACAUGAACGAUUAACUGUUGAUUUCUUUAGAGGAUUGCCAGAAUUACGAAGGAUUUUCAUAAUACUGAAGUGCGGCACGACUUGAAGCAGAUGAAAGCUUAAAAGUGUAAUCGCACAUGUGGAUAGUAGAUCCUGUUUAUGAUUGGAUAUUAUGUGGUUUUGUGGCUGAAUUGGUAAUCGGACUGGAUUGUAGUGAUGCCUUGAAAUUCGGAAGAUGGGCAUUGUAACGAAAACGAUUGGAGUUAUAUUCAGUCUCCUGUUCGAACAGGAGAUAAUGUCGUACGUCCCUGCGUCUACGUCAUCGACAACGAAUGGCCGUACCGGAGGCAACUCCCCAUUGACCUCCUCUCCCGUAGCUUCUCCAGGACCUCCCGGCAGACAUCGAACGGCAGCUACUGCAGCUGCCGCAGCUGGAGGACCUCAUCACCACAAGAGGGACUUUGAGGCGAAGCUGAGGAAUUUUUACAAAAAGCUGGAUGUCAAGGGGUAUGGGCAGGGACCUGGCAAGUUCAAACUACAUAUAAGGCGAGAUCAUCUGCUAGAAGAUGCUUUUCGUAGAAUAAUGUCUGCUGGCAAGAAAGAACUCCAGAAGGGCAAACUUUGCGUGGCAUGGGACGGAGAGGAAGGUUUGGACUACGGAGGACCGUCCAGGGAGUUUUUCUUUCUACUGAGUAGGGAGUUGUUCAACCCUUACUACGGGCUGUUCGAGUAUUCUGCCAACGAUACGUACACUGUGCAGAUAUCUCCCAUGUCGGCGUUCGUCGACAACUAUCACGACUGGUUUCGUUUUAGUGGUCGCGUGUUAGGCCUAGCGUUAGUUCACCAGUACCUUCUAGAUGCUUUUUUCACCCGUCCUUUCUACAAGGCUCUCCUCAGGCUACCGGUGGCUCUCUCGGAUCUAGAGAGUCUCGAUCACGAGUUCCAUCAGUCUCUAAGGUGGAUUCGGGAGCAUGAUGUCUCUGCUGUGCAGGGGGAAUUAGAAUUAACUUUUGCUGUAACAGAGGAAGUUUUCGGCCAAGUGACUGAAAGAGAGCUCAAGCCUGGUGGCAGAAACGUACCUGUCACGGAGAAAAAUAAAAAGGAGUAUCUGGAGCGCAUAGUUCGUUGGCGGUUAGAACGCGGCGUUGCAGAGCAAACGGAAUCGUUGGUUAGAGGCUUCUACGAAGUGGUCGAUCCACGAUUGGUGCAGGUGUUCGACGCGAGAGAAUUAGAAUUGGUGAUCGCGGGUACAGCGGAGAUAGAUCUGGCCGAUUGGAGGGCUAACACUGAAUACCGGGGAGGAUAUCAUGAUCAGCAUCCUGUCGUCGUUUGGUUCUGGCAAGCCAUCGAAAGGUUUACGAACGAGCAGCGUCUUCGCCUGCUCCAGUUCGUGACAGGCACGUCGAGCGUCCCUUUCGAAGGGUUCGCCGCUUUACGGGGCAGCGUGGGCCCCCGCAAGUUUUGCGUGGAAAAAUGGGGCCGACCGAACAGUCUCCCACGUGCGCACACCUGUUUCAAUCGGCUCGAUUUGCCUCCAUACCCCACAGCAGAAACGUUAUACGACAAGUUGCUGUUGGCUGUUGAAGAGACGAAUACGUUCGGUAUCGAGUAGAUUCGUAGUAUGAAUGCGGCUUUUGCACUCGUCGUUUAUUGUAUGUAUGCGCGGAUAUGAUAAAUUGGAUAAAUGGCGAGGGGUACGUGCUAGCGAUGGCGCUGCUCAAAUAAAGAUGGCGCGUAGAGAGGAGUUGAUUGGAAUUUUGUAAUUUUAGGUUCACACAUAACGUCGAUUUCUCGACUAUCAAAAACGGGUUGAACAUGCCGUCGUCCUAUGUAACAAACUGCUCUGAGACACAAAAUGGUCCUAAGAGACGAUUUAUGCACGCGAUUUGUUUCACAUGACAACGUCGCACGACAAGAUCGUGCGUUUUGAAAAAGUCGUACGAUAUUUCUCUUGACGUGCGGUUUCUAGACAAGAAAUCUGUCAAAAGGCACGACCUUGUCGAGCGAUACAAAUUGCAUGAAUAAAUGUGUUCAAAGUUGACCAGGAAGUCGUAUUUUGAGCACGAAACAUAACACCAUUUCUGGGGGAACUCCUAUGUAAUUGUAAUCACAUUUUUUGGACAAAACAGUAAGGAAAUUUCUCACAAAAGUUGACACGGAAAGUUGUAAGCAUAAUACUUGAACGCGCAAAUUUUACAUUUGGAGCUUGAUCUCGGAAAUGUAAACCGAAGUAACACAAUCAUAGGAAACACAAAAUCACAAGAUAUUUCAUCCUCUAAUAACUUUUUGCCUAUUUUUAUGACCUAUACUGGUUGCGUUUUCCUCAGGCAACCACACACACUUCCAAGGUCUAGACACAAUAUUAACCCUAAAGUUGAACAUCUUGUUCAACAUAAUAUCUUUGAAAUUCCAAAGUGCCCAGGAUUUACAGUCACUCAAAGCUCAAAGUAAAAUGAGUGUGCAACGAUACCUCAAGUGCUUGAUCUUUUUGGUGGGUUGUGAAAGGAUAAUGUAACUUUAUUUGGUGCUUUGAAUCUAGGAGCAUAUAUAUAUAACAAACGCGGGCAACUUCUUGAAUCCACUUUUUACUAAUAAAACAUUGUCCUAAUAUAAAAUCUGCCACCGUUGAUACUAUGCGGAUAAACACCGAGGGUCAAUAUAUCCAUGAGCUCGAUUUUCCCUACAUACGUACCUCUCUCCAAAAUUGAGAUAUUUAAAAAUUAUAUCUUUAUGUCUAUGUUUUCAGUGUUGAAGCUUUUAUUGAAGUUGCAGGAUCAAUUUCUGUAUGUAAAGCUCAUUGUGCAUAUGUUGCAUAGGAAAUCUACGAGAAAAAAAUCACAGAACUGCAUCUUUUCGUAUAUACCGUUGGCCUUUAUACUUAGGGCAUAUGUUUUCUAUGGAUUCUGGGAAAGUCAGGGAUAUUCGAAUUGUUUUCGACACUCUUUUGCUUACCUUAUGGUGGCUCUAAAGUAUUGAGGACCACACGUUCUGUGUCUGACAUAUUUCAAUAGAUCUUUUAAAAAUAACACAACCUAGUUUGGAUCUUUGGAGGACGAGAUAAAAAAUCACUAUUAUGUUAAAAUUGAGAAUCGCAAUUAAGCCCACGCAUAAAGGAGUAUUUAAGGUGGCACGUCUCUUUUUUAGAUUUCUUUUGAACUUCCUGUUUGCAGCAGUAUUCUAAAUCCUUUGCAUCUGAUAUUUUGAUGGUGUGUAUAGAGAUCAAUAAAAAACAACAAUGUUUUUAUUUUUUUGUAAAAAAAUGCAUUUUUUUGCAUUUUAUUGUGCAUUCCUUCUUCAAUCGGAACUUGUUAACAAAUAAAAGGGCAGCUCUGAAAUUAUGUGACAAUGAAACGUUGAUUACUUUUCUUCUUAUCACUUCUCCUUUUCGAAAAAUCAUUGCUUUCCUUGAAAACUUAACUUGUUGCGAGACGAGGCUACAAGAAAAUCAAAGAUUUUUCGAAAAGGAAAAGUGAUAAGUACAAAAGUAAUCACUCGUUUCAUUCUUCCAUAAUAGAGGAAUAUUCACACACAAUUUCAGAGCUGAACUUAUAUUUUUUGUUAACAAGUACCGAUUUAAGAAAAAAUGCACAAUGAAAUGCAUUUUUUGACAACAAAAAUGAAAACAUGGUUUUUUAGUCAUCUCUAUACUCACAAUGAAGUAAUCAGAUGAAAAGGAUUUAGAAUACUGCGCAAGUAGGAAGUUGAAAAAAAAAUCUAAAGAACGUGCUACUUUAAGAAUUAUGAAACUAAUUAUUUAUUAAUAUAUUGUUUGAUAUUGCCAUUACUUGAACCUUAGAAAGGCAAGGGACUACUGCCUGGCCAUAGUGAAUUCAAAUGUCGUGAUUUUGUCGAAACACCUUUCUUAUGGGUUGUCUUUUUCGGAAUUUUAUAUUAACAACGUAAUAUUAUAUCAUUAAUUAAUAAUAUUUUUGUAAUCUGAAAACAUCAGCCGCAGUUUUAGCGGUAUCGGCAUACCAAAUACUAUUCCGUCCAUUCCUUGCAAACAAAUUAAAUUACUAUAGCGCUAACGUGGGAUUCUAUCUCAGAUUAAAAAAAAACUUAAUUACAUGAUACUAAACUCAGAAAAAAACAAAUAUAACCUGCUAUUCCGACAUAACCAUGACGUCAUCUGAAUUCAAUGUGGUAUUCCAUGUGAAAGCAGUUCACCUUUGUAAGGUUCGUGUAGUCGCAAUGUGAAAACAUUUAUUUUUGGAUCAAUAGUCUCAAAUCCUUGAAUCUCCCUUAAGAUAUUAGCUUAAUUACGACACUUGAUGUUGAUAACAAACGUUAAGGUGAAAGCUGCUUCUGUCUCAGUAGAUCCAAAGGGGGUGACUAUCCAUUAGGGUCCGGCAAAUUCUCGGUCAAGGAACGACUGCCCUGUAGGGUGGAGUGUUAAUGACCAUUGAGAUUAAAGUGCUGCAAAGCUAUCAUUGCUUGAAUGCACCCACUCUUUCAGUAUACAAUGCUGGCCAUAGACUUUUAUCUGGCCGAUCUCCAAGUGUGCAAGAGAGAAAAAGAUGCGUGCAACACGUGUGUUAGAAAAAGUGCGCCACAACCACGUUAUUGUCGUUCUCAAGGAACAGGAUGACUACACUUGGUUGUCGCGCUCACUCUAACGCGUUGCGUUGCACGUUUCUUUCUAUCUCUCUCAGACAAACACUAAAAUCAACCAGGGAAAAUGUCUACUAUUCAUUUCUAUGUAUGCAUUUCAAUUACUAAGUGUUUUUAUAAUCAAAAAGAAUUACCUUUUGAUACUUCCUGCUUGUCUAUUUUGACUAUUAUAGAUAUUUUCCACAAACGCUGAUUUCUUAUGCCGUAUGCAACCCUGCUAUUCAAAGAUGCAUGGAACAUUUUUAUAUUUUCUAUUUGUGUACGUUCAUAACUGUAUUGUAAUGAUGGAACCAUGUGCUCGAUACUCGCGUUUAUUUGUUCAUUAUUUGUGAAUCGCUUAUGUGUUUUUGUUUGUUUCAUUUUGUAAAAUAGGAGUAUUUAUUUUCUGUUUCCAUAUUAUAUUUUGCAUAUUGUCAGGGAGAUUGAUACUAUUAUUUAUUUGUAAUUCUUAUUAAGUUACCAAUGAUUAUUUUGUACGUAGUGUAGAUAUAUCGAAUUAAUGUGAUUUAUGUUAUUCUAGUCAGUAAAUUAUGUAAAAAUGACAGCAUACCACGUGGCACAAAAAUUACUGACGUACCGUAUGCUGUUUACCACUUUUCUAUAUUGUCGGAUUCGAAAUAUGAAGCUUUUAGAGAUGUUUGUUUCUGAAACAAGAUAUGUAACAUUCCAAAAAAUAAACUUGUUAUAACAAA